GGUUGUUGAGAAAUAUGAGAGAAAUUAGAUAUUUAGACCUCCUGCGGAGGUGACUAGACUAGAUCCCUUAACUUUUGCUUCCCUUUCAAAUUUAUGUCACUCCGUUCAAAAUCCUGUCAAAUUUUGAGGAACUGACUGUUUUAUCGAAUAGUUAUAAAGAAUAUCACAAAACCGAAAUGAAUGUGAUGCUACAAAGACAUGCUGCGAAACAUAUUUACAUUGUUCCUGAUGGUCUACGAGAACUGAUGACUGACAUAUCGAGAGAAGUAUUGAGAAGUGAUCCAACAAAUAUGUAUACCUUCAUUGCUGACUACUUAGAAGCUCUACUUUUAACCAGAGAAAAUGCAAGAGUUGCUGCAAGAUUAGUGCAAAGUAUAACAGAAAUAACAACCACGACAUGCGAAUUCCUGAAAAAUACUGGAAUGGAAAUAGUAGACGUUAAACGCAUAGUUAGUAUAAUUCGAAGAACUUUCAAAAGUCGAAUUAAGGAUGAUGCUGAACAUAUAGCACUUGAUAGAACAACAGAGGAAUUUGAUGAAAUCAAUAUCAUUUCUGAUAUUAUUAACGAGGCUGAUAUCAGUCCAGAACAAGGAGAGGAAGCAGCCAGAAUCAUACAACGGGCAUAUAGAGAGUUCAAGGUCAGAAAAGAAAAGGAAAGAGAACUUUUGAGUGGUAUGAUCGACUGGAGGGUAGCUGCAAGAAGUGCUAUUUACCUAUAUAGACAAACUGGAGUGACCAAUGAAGAGGCAAAUAGAGCAGCGACCCUUAUUAAGGCCGCCUAUAAGGGAUACUAUACUCGGAAAGUGAUGAAAAAAUUGGCCGAAGAAAGCAAAAAGCUUUACCAAGAAGAAGAAAAUGUUGAGGAGUGUGAUGACGAUGAGACACAUGUCCUGGGAAUAUCAGAUUCGAAAAUGGUCAAAAUUAAUUAUGAGACUGUCAUACCGCAUGUCGACUUUGGAGAUGUCACAGACGUCGAUGAGAAUAUCAAAGAAUCUGAAUAUAUCCAAGUUGCAGAACCUCCACCUUCACUUGAAGAACCUGCCGGAUCCACGACUAGUGCUAUCGCGUCAUUUGCUGUGCAACAGAUAUUGAAAGAUACAUUCUUGGCAGUGGCAGAAGAAGAAGACGAAAUAGAAGGUGAACUGACAAAAGAAUUUGAACCAUUAGGAGAGCCAUCAAAUUCGGAAAUUGCUGAGGAAGUGCAAGAAUCACCCACGGCCAAAGAUGAAACUGAAGGUAAACACUCAAAUAUAAUCAAGGCAGAAAUGUUAUUACUAGAUAACCUUCCAAUAACUGUUAAAUGAAAAGUAAUCGGAAACGUGAGUAUUGGCGAAGUUUAGUUCUGCAUCGAAAUUAUUCUUACUGAAGUGUUAAAAGGGAC